ACUCUGAGGAGAGGCCUCAUGCCUCAGGCGUCAGAGGCGGGUAGCUGAACAGGACCCGAGCACAGAUGGCUGACCCCGGCCCUGGGGAGAGAAGCUAUGACAACAUGCUGAAAAUGCUCUCAGACCUGAAUAAAGACCUGGAAAAGCUGUUGGAAGAGAUGGAAAAAAUCUCAGUGCAGGCCACGUGGAUGGCCUACGACAUGGUGGUGAUGCGCACCAACCCCGCGCUGGCGGAGUCCAUGCGGCGGCUGGAGGACGCCUUCCUCAACUGCAAGGAGGAGAUGGAGAAGAAGUGGCAGGAGCUGCUCAGUGAGGCCAAGCGCGCGCAGUAGGCCCCCGGGUGGAGCCGCAGCAACCCCGACUCGUGGCCUGGGCGCGGAGCUUGUUUCUCAAUAAACUUGUUUUCAAGCA